AUGCCCAGCCGACCCGACAAGCUCGCGUGUUUGGUAACACAGGAAAUCUUCGGGUUGGGGCCGCGCCUCGGGCUCUUGGCGGCCACACUGCACGAGGCCGUGCACGUUGGCCUCGAAGCCUUGCCUGCUACUCUGUGCGGAAGUGAUAAGGACUCUCCUGCCAUGGCCGUCUGCGUCCGCGUUGUUCAAGUGGCAAGCGACAACGGUGCAGAGCUAGUCACAGAGACGCAAGCACUCCAGCGCCCAAGUCAUGGCCAAGAGCCGAGCAAUGCAGUGAUACAGUUUGCGCCCGUCGCAACGGACUUCGGGGAGCUGCGUAUGUACAUGGCCCCCAGCAACGUCGGCGGAAUCAGAGUCAAGCAUGACUGUAGCACGGCCGGCCUGGACCUGCUGGCUGUUGCCCGCAACGCACGCGCCUUGGUUGAGAACCAUGACAAUGGGGCUAGGGCCUAA